AGCCGCCCAGCGAGAACAGAGAGCAUCCAUUCGCGUCUCUCUGACAGUGACAGAGGCUGCUCGCCAUUGCUCACCGCACUUUUCAGCCGGGACGUCGAUCUCGCUGACUGCUCCGCGCAGAAGUUGCGACUUCACGCUCGUCUGUUUCUCGUGCCAGGAGCUGAGCGCCGGGUCGGUCCGGUUGCUUGACACACACGCACACGCGCGCACAGACACCCUCCCCGGAGAUCAGUUUAUUCCCUGGAUGCUGGGUGAAUUAUCCGGGAGUUGCGAACAAGUGAACAACAAAGCCGAGGCUCGGGAUCUGCCUCCUCGCUCCGUCCUCCGAAGACGAGACUCCAGCCAGAGUUGGGGACGAUAAUGAUGUGGACGUCCCUGUAUCUUCCUGUUGUGAUUUUACUGAUGCAAUGUUCCCCCUCCGUUCCUGUCACAGUGACGACCAACAGACAUAAAGUGGAGGUAGAGGAGCACAAAGAUGCAGUGCUGUCCUGCAUAUUCUAUACAGAGACUGACCAGCAACCACGCAUCGAAUGGAAGAAGAAGGGGAAAGACGUCUCCUUUAUGUUCUAUGAGGGAAAGUUUCGAGGUCCCUUUGAGGGCCGGGCGACCAUUGAAGGAGCGACAGUGACGCUGAAAAAAGUGACCCAGGAGGACGCUGGAGAGUACCGCUGUGAGAUCAGUGCUCCUAAAGACUCUGUCACCCUGGGCGAGACCAAUGUAACGCUUAAAGUCCUAGUGCCGCCUCAAACCCCACUCUGUGAAAUCCCCAGCUCAGCAGUGACUGGCUCAGUGGUACAGCUGAGCUGCAGGGACCAGCACAGCAUCCCACCUGCCACUUACUCAUGGUACAAGGACAACCAGCCAAUGAACCCGCCCCGUCUUGCCAACGCAACCUAUCUAAUCAACUCGCGCACAGGAGUUCUGGAGUUUAAAUCUGUAGCCAAAGAGGACACCGGCCGAUACAGUUGCCUGGCAUCCAACGGAGUGGGACUACCCAAGAUGUGCGAGGCCAAGCAUAUGACGAUAGAGGACGUCAACGUCACAGCGAUAGUGGCAGCAGUGUUAGGGGUCUUCCUGGCCGUGCUCAUCUGUGGAUGCGGCGGUUUCCUGUUACAGAGGAACGGCUUCUUCAGCCCAGGACACAGAGGAAGGUCCAAUGUCAACUACAUCCCUCCACCCCAAGAACCCCAGGAUUUUAAACACACACAGUCGUUCAUGCUCUGAGAAGCUGGUCUUCCUCUCCAAAAACAAAACAAAGAGAAAAAAAAGGUGAUAAGGUGCCAACACUGGAUUCUGAUUUUGUUUCGGACUCAGAACGAGCUCUUGAUCUUCCGAUGCGUGCUAAUUUCAAUCUUUAUUCCUCCGCCAAUCCUUCCGGAUGGUUGAUGUCAAGCAAAUCUGCAAGGCUUCUUUACUCUCUGGCUUUGCUGUGUAUUCGCCUCUUACAUUGAUGUCUCCUGCUAUUAUGGGAUUAAAUACAGUUUCAUGGUACUCUGCUCCCCCCUGGUGGUCAGAUGUUGAAUUUGCAAUUGAUCUUUUUUUUCUCAGUAUAAAUUUCUAAGGCUAACUGCUUUAAUUACUCAAUUUUUUUUUUUUUUUUUUUUUUUUUUUGUUACCAAAGACUGAUGUUUAAUUUGAGAGAUUUCUUGUCUUUAAAAAAUUGAAUCAUCACAGGGAAUUCUCCUUAAAGCCAUAAGGGAAGCAUCUCAGUUGUUUUCAAUAAAACUACAGCUUACCUCAGUCAGUAUUUCGUCUUCGACACUGGGACCACUCGUGAUCUUAGUAAGAACAAGAAGCCACUUUCCAAUAACGCUGAGGACAACCCCAUUCCAUCCUGAUGUGCCUGCAUGGUCUUUUUUAUAAAUAUACAUAUAUACUAUAUACCUUGUGCCUUUUUAAUUUGUCUGUCUGUCAUAUUUAUCUAUGGAUCACACUUCUUUUUUUGUAAAGAAUUUGCCUUACUUUUUUCUUUAUAUGUCUUUAUAUUUCUGUGCCACUGAUUAUCAAAAGGAGUGUCUGUUUUUAGGCUGUGUGAAUGACUUCAGAGUUUUAUUUGAAUAGUGUAUCAGUAAUAAAGUUUUUUCUACUCAA